CUCUCAACAGAAUUUACGAAAUUUACUGAUACCGACAAAAUAUCUGAUGGUUCAUAACUGAUACAUUAGCAUUGCAUUUUUGUGAUGGAAUUUCAUCGGUAUAUUUUGUUACUCCGAAAACUAGAUUUUAACUCAUUUUUAUGGUGGCCACCUCAUCUUUUGGUCAAAUAUAACAGUGUAAUAGUAUUUUAAAACUGAAGGUCUAAGGUAUUCUAUGUUGUGUCAUAUCAUUUUCAGGUUACCUUCCUUUUUUAGAAUACCAUUUGCAGUUAUAACAAAUUUAGUAGUUCCACAUAAUGGGAAUGCUAUGAGCGUAAACUUUAAACCAGAUUAAAGACAUAGUUGGUCUUCGUUGUUUGAAGAUUUUGGACUUGCAUUCGAACGGAGUAAAGCAACUACCUUUGAGCAUUAGAUUUAUGUGGUGUUUAGAGAGGUUAUCUCUAGCGGAAAAUCCCCUAUCCCCUCCCCUUUUAACUAUUGUUGCUCGUGGGAUCCCAUACAUAUUUGCAUUUUUAAAUCAACAAGCUUUAUGCAAUUCAAAUAAUACAAGUUGCGAAAAAUUUCAUGAUUCGUUAACUCAAUCGUCUUCUGCUCAUGUAACAAAUACUUCAAAUCAACAGAAUACGAUGAAACUUUCUGAAAGUCAGGAUGUGAAUUCAAACUCUUUUAGUUCAUGUUUUGAGAAAACCGAGGUAAAUACGGAUUCUGGCCAAAGAUACAUAUCGAAGUCUGAAAUUACAAAUCCUUCGUUGACAAUUCAAAACUUUACUUAUUCAACAACAAAUAACAAGAAUGAACGAUUUGACAAACCAAAUGCUGAACUACACUCAAAUAACUAUAAUUGUAUUGAGAAUUUCAGUCAUAAUUUCUUAUCAACUGAUGAUAAUGAAUCACUAACAAUGAAUAUGUAUUCUUCUGCUUAUGAGAAUGUUAUUCUUGAUAAGAAUGAAGAGGAAGUUUUCUAUUUACCAUCAAAUAUUUCACAACAAUUGACACAAACUAUCAAGAACUCCCAAGUUGCGCAACCUAUCUCUCCCGGCAAUGACAAUACAAAGAAGGCAAUAGUAUCAACGGUUCUGAAUGGGAAUGAUUCAGCAGUAGAGUCUUCAGUAGUACAAACAGUUAGCAGUUAUAUCAUUAGAAAUGAAACACCAUGUAAUGUUUGUGAACCAACUAAAAAUGGUCAGAUUAAAGAUUGUCCAACAAAUCAUUCUUCUUUUAAAUACGAUCGACGUGAUAAAGGUGGUCCCAUUUCUAGCCAUACUCGGUUACGUUAUUCUAAACGUCAACAGAUAGAACAUGAUAGAAAUGUUCAUAGUAGUUCUGGUUAUAUAACACCAGAUUCAUAUUUAUCAGAAAAUUGUAAUAGAUCUCAAACAAAUGGAUAUAAUUGUCAAAAUUUCAAUCAAUACCAUAGUGAUAAAAAGUUGAUUAAUCAAAGAAAUCAUACACAAUUAUUAUAUCAUCCUCAUAAAGAUAGUUUAUAUAAUGAAGAUAUAUCUAAUAAAAUAACACGUGUUGGUGUUGCUUUGUGUAUGCCUUCAGAAUGUACUUUAAAAUUACCUAAAAACUUUCAAACUUCACAUAAUUAUCAACCACAAACAAAUACACAUUGUCACGAUUCAAGUAUAACAUUUUCUACUGAUUAUUCAAGUGAAGAUGUCAGUAGAAAAAGUGAAAUUCGGAAUAUAGAUACAUUGAAGUAUAUGAAAAUGAAUUCACAUAAGGAUACUGUUAAAUGGGAGGAAUUAAAUUCUGAUGAUUUAAUAAGAAUUAAUCAAUUAAGAACAAUAAUCGAUAAAGAAUUAAAUAUUCGUCUACCAAUUAAUCCAAAACACUUAAUUAUUGAAUUGAGUACUGGUGUUAUUUUAAUUCAGUUACUGAAUAAAUUUAUCGGGACAACAUCAACUAUCAAAAUCUGUUUACCUAGAAAUGAUCAGCAUCAUAAUAUGUUAAAUGAAGUAGUCAAAUCUUAUCGUCGAAAUUUAAGACGUUGUCGUGAAUCAAUAUAUCGUUAUGGUGUACCUAAAGAAUAUCUAUUUUCCACUGAAUCCAUUGUAAAUCCUCAAAGUGCUGAUGGUUUAUUAUCGUUGGCUAAUUCCAUUUCUAUUUUGUACAAUUUACAUAAUAAUAAUAAUAAUAACAAUAAUAAUAAUAAUAAUAGUAAUAAUAAUAAUAAUAAUACAAAAUCUCCUAUAAAUGCUUCUUCAUCUAAUCAAAUUCAAAAAAUUUUGAUAUAAACAUAGAAAAUCAAUAUAAUACCAAAUGUGCACAAGAUCGAUUCACAUCCUCCCCUAUACAGCAACAAUAUUUACAAAAAACUCAAUAUAAUAAUAAUAAUAAUAAAACAAUCAAUCAUCAUAGAAUAUAUCAAAUGAAUAUUUGGUCAAAUUAUUUAUGCUCAGAUGUGUAACAUAAAUAAAUAAAUCAAUAAAAUGCAAUCAUAUUAGUUUCCUUUCUUAUAGGGAUUGUUUUGUUUCGUUUUUGUUUUUUCUAUACAUCAAUUGAUGGGUUACAUAAAUGUUAUUGUACAAUAGUGAAAAUAUACUCAUAAUAUUUUUCUAUAUAUACACAAUUGAAUAUUAUUGAAAAACUUUUAAGAAAAAAACGUUUUCUUUUCUUUUUUUUCGUUCAAUUUCUCAAGUUUAACAGAAUUAUGUAGAAACUAUUCAAAAACAAAAAUUUGUUUUCUUUUUGAAUGUUGAAAAAUAAAAAAAAUUGUUACUUUUUCUAAUUUUCUAAUGGGGAUAUUUUAAAAGUCAGUUUUACUUAUUUACUUACUUACGCCUGUUA